GAUCAUAAAGACAGCAUCUUUAAAUCUGUUAGUUUUGAGGUUAAAGAAUAUGUUCUGCCCGAUUUUUCUGCUGAGCUUGAAGUGGAACCACAACUUAUUACCAAAGACACAAGAGUGAUCAAUCUCACAGUUGUAGCAAAAGAUGUUUAUGGUCGUCCUGUACAAGGUACAGUAACAAUGCAAAUAGGAACAUGGAGCAAACAAGGACCUAAAUUAAUUUACUCUGUUGAAGAAAUGCAGCUAGACAAGGGCAACUGUACAGUAGCUAGAGAGACAUCUGCUCUACUUCCACCCCAAGCUGAUGAAGAAACAACAUUGUAUGUUGUCUACAAUGUGACAUACAACUUCACACAAGAGAGAUUCAUGUUUACAUACAAUCACUCUGUGUUUUCUGACCAUUUUUACCAGAUAGAUUUUUCUCAGUCAAAACAUUUUUUCAAGCCAGGACUGUACUACACGCUCCAGGCACAAGCAAAAUCCAAGCUUGGAAAUAUAGCAUCAUCAAAGCAAAUCAACCUAACUAUUGCGUAUGUCUCAGGAUCAAAUUCUAAAUGGGAAAGUCGUCAAGUGAAUUUAGAUCAGUAUGGGAAAAUGUUUGAAAACAUUUCAACUUCAAAUGGCUAUACAAAGAUCAAAUUUCUGGCUAGAGUUGUAGAUGAAGUACAUCCAACUUCUAAAGAAUAUUUCUUUGAGGUGAAUACAUUCAUUGCAAGAGAGUACAUUACCAUCUAUAGAGUAGAUACAAAGAAGAAAGAUAUUUGUGAUCUAGUAUCACUGAAGUAUCGAGCCACUAAUGACAUCAAAGAUCACAACAUUGGGACAGAAAUCCAUAAGUACCUUACAGUUUCUGUACUUUCUAAAGGUAGAAUCAUCUACACCACAAAAGUUCCAAGAAACGACAAUGGGAGUUCUGUAAUUGAGCUACCAAAAAAUAUCUGCCCUGAUUUAUCUCCUAACUACAGGAUUGUGGCUUAUUACCAUACAUUAGAUGAACUUGUGUCAGAUUCACUUUUUGUGGAUACAAACCCCUCUUGUCUUGAUAAAAUUGAGCUGCCUCGUGGGGUUACCACAUUACAAGUUCCUUUUAAACCAAAGGAUAAAUAUAAUCUUAGAAUAACUGGUAGCCCAGGCAUGCUUGUUGGUCUCCUGGCGGUGGACAAAGCUGUUCUAAUGCUCAAUGAUAAACAGACUCUAACACGACAGAUGAUUUUCAAACAGCUUGCCAAUCAUGAUCAAGGAGAAGGUGUUGGUGAUGGGGUGGAUUCCUAUUUUACUCUUAAGAAAUCUGGGUUGGAGUUUCUUAUCUUUGAGGUUAAUACUCCUAUGUUAUCUGAACCUUUACUAAGUGAUUAUCAGAACAUUUUUGCUCAUGAAAAGCCUAGUAGCAGAAUGGCACGUCCAGCCCAUGCAGCCCUAGACAAUAGUCAGGAUUUGGUUACCUCCCCUGUGGACCCAGCUGCUGAAACCAAUCAAGUACAUUCACAGAGUGUGAGAAAUUAUUUCCCUGAGUCCUGGCUGUUUGAAGAGAAGAUCUUGCCCAGCUCUGGAGUGUUGCAGCUCCCACUGAUAUUGCCAGACUCUAUGACCACCUGGUCAUUGACAGCUGUAGGCCUGUCAGCUAAUAGGGGUAUCUGUAUGACUGAUCCUCUUGACAUCAAAGUCCAGACACUGUUUUAUCUCAAAGUUAGAGCUCCUUACAAGGUUGUAAGAUUGGAAGAAAUCAACAUAAAAAUUGAUAUUUACAACUAUUACAACGAUGAUAUACAGGUAAUCCCCUUGAUAGUUGGUGACCUAAAGCUUAAAGUUAAUAUGAGUGGCAAUAAAAUUGUCAACGAUAUUGUUAGAAAAACACUUCAUGUUGUUGCAGAGGGCCAGAAAGUGAGAAAAUCUGUUACAUUUGUUUUGGAUCCAGAAGCCAAACAUGCAACAUUCAAACCAGUGCGCAAAAACAAAAAAGUCAAGAUUGUCAACACAGCUACCCUUAUCAAUGUGUUUGAUACCAAAAAGAAGCAACAAACGACAACAAUAGAUUUAGCCAUGCCACAGGAAGUUAUACCAGGCACUGAGUUUUGUAGAAUAUCUGCAUUUGGAGAUCUAAUGGGUGACAUCAUCACUCACACUGUUGUUCAAUCCAAAACUCUGAAGACCAACCUGUUUAGCAGUGCUGAAGGAGUUCUAAAUGAUCUGGGACCAACUGUUCAUGCCCUUAUUUACUUAGACCAAACUCAUCUCAUGGAUGAAAAAUUAAAAUCAAAAGGUCGACGUUUUAUCAGAUAUGGUAUAACAAGACUCUUGAAGUACAAGCAGGGACCAGCUUUCCUGCCACAAAUGGAUUCUAAGCCAGCUACAUGGUUAACAGUUCUUGUGCUUAAAACACUUUGUCAUGCCUCAGCAUUUACUUUUGUGGAUCAAAAUUUGAGGGAUCAAGGAUUCAAAUGGCUUCUAAAAAAUGUCAAACAAGAUGGUUCAAUGAAAGAAUACAACCCAAGACUUCAAGAGAAGGAGACUUUGGACUCUAGACUGAUGCUGGCAGCUGAAGUUUUGAUUGCAUUUAUUCAGUGUAAUAGAUCAGAGAAGGAAGACUAUGUGACUCUACAGGCCUACACAGCCAAUUUUAUUGAGGAAAACCUGGGUAAGAUCACACAACCACUGGUCCUAGCUAAAGUCACAUACGCUCUCUACCUCUUCAAUCCACAAGCAAACUCUACCAAGGCAGCUAUUGAAACACUCAGACAAAAGAGGAUUGAUAAAAAAGGUCAAACGUAUUGGCACAGUGUUAAAAUGAGAACUGAACAUUCACUCUGGUACCAAGAAGAAGCUGAGGCCACCUCUGUGGAGGCUACAGCCUAUGCUCUGCUUGUUUUCUUGGAGCAUGAAACUCAAGUCAACAUUGACUCCAUUGGGGAAUGGCUGGUGGCCCAGAGAAAACCAACUGGUGGUUUUAUUGGCACUGUAGACAGCACAGUUGCCAUUGAAGCCCUAACAAAAUACAGCUUGAAGAAAUACAACUCCUUGAUUCAAGUUGACUUGAGUUGUAACGUCAGCUCAGACAAGGAAGCUCAUCACAUCCAUUCCUUCAAGUUUACCAAGGAUAAUGCUACCCAGCCAGGAUCACGGAAAAAUGUGCCUGUUGGAAAACUUUUAAAAGUGGUCAACGAGGGGAAAGGAUUUGGUCAGAUGCAUGUCAUUGUUGACUACAAUAUUCCUGUUAACAUCAAUAAACAUUGUGACUUUAAUAUCUCUGUUCAAGUUACAAAUCCUGAUUAUUCAAGUGAACAAGACAGCCCUAAAGCUUUGUUAACCAAUAGUCUAAAACUUAAGAAGAAAAAGAAGCCUGCAAUAAUUAACAAAACCCGCUCUCCACAACAGGUUGCUCUGGGAAAAGGGGGGAACAAGAAGAGGAAAGGGAGGUCAGCUGUUGCAGUCACUCACAGCAGGCGGAGAUACAAAAUCUACUUCUGUGUCAGACAGCUGCAAGGUCCAAACUAUGAAUCACUGAUACUGGAUGUUCAAAUGUUAACAGGUUUCAAACCACACCUAAAUAACAUAACCGCACUAAGCAAACUCGAAUUCAUUACUAACGCUGCUUAUGAUGAUGAGAAAGAUGUUGUGUCUAUUCAGUUUCAAGAGGCCCGUACUGAGAGAUGUUUUGGUUUCAAUAUCCUGGAAGACAUAGAGAGUGAAAGACUUGAUCCUGCCAUUGUCAGCCUUAAAGUAAAUGAACAUUCUGUGCCUAGCUGUAGCCUGGAGUACCAGCUGCCUGAAGACAAAGAGAGCCUGAAGGUUUUCUGUGCUGAUUCUUCCAAAAUUAAUAGAGGGGAGUGUCGCUGUUUUUCUGGUAACUGCAGCAGGUGUCAACCAGAUGAUGUACAAACAGUCGACCUGCAUCACAUCAAGCAACUUGUGUGCAGCGCUAAUGUUGCUUAUGAACUUCAUGCAGAAAAGGUGAAGAAACAUGUGAGUUGGAUGGAGAUUGAAGCAAAGGUUUUGUCUGUCAAUAAAACAGGUACCCAUGAGAUCAAAUCAGGCGAUGUCAUUACAUUAAUGUCUAAGAAAUCUUGCUCCUGCUUUUUGAAUGAUUUGAAGAAUAGUAGUUUGUAUCUCUUAACAACUAAUGUUGACAGGCGUGUGGACAGCAAAGGAAAAAUAUUGUAUCACUAUGUGCUGGAUGAGAAGUCAACCUUCAUAGAUGUCAUGGAACAAGGGGCUUCAGGCGAGGGGCACGUACCUGAUUUUAUCUUACAGGAAGCUUUCAACAGUCAGAACAGGUGUUGAUGGUGUUUCAACAAUCAGAGCAGGUGUUGAUGGUGUUUCAACAGUCAGAGCAGGUGUUGAUGGUGUUUCAACAGUCAGAGCAGGUGUUGAUGGUGUUUCAGCAGUCAGAGCAGGUGUUGAUGGUGUUUCAACAGUCAGAGCAGGUGUUGAUGGUGUUUCAACAGUCAGAGCAGGUGUUGAUUGAGUCCUGUGUAAUAUUAUGUUAACCCUGUUCUCUACAAAUAGCUCUGGAUAUUCCAAACACUUUUUAUAUCAACAUUCAAUGCAACCAGUACAAGUCAAAUAAAUACAUUUGCAUUUUUUUAAAUCACUUCAACAUUUAAAAAAAAAAUAAGAUAUAUUGUUUAAAAGCAAUACACUGUACAAGUAAAAAAAAUUUUUUACAACUGUUAUAUUGAUAUAUCUUUAUUAUUUAACUAUUGUUUCAAUAUCCUUAUUAUUAUUGUUAUAUUAACAUGUUGACCAUGCUUCUUAUAAUGCUCUAUAACAUUUAUACAGACCAUCACAUUUAAAUUUUAUAACAUUUAUAUGAAAAAAAUUGAAUUUAUGAUUUUACUAAGCAAAUAGGAAUGACUUAAUAAAGAAGGUUUUAGCAAAAUGAUCAAAAACAUUUCAAACUCAGUUAACUAUUCAAGCUACUGUAUGCAUGGUUUAUCUAUCUAGAAUAAAUGAUGCAAACUCUCUGAGCGGUUGUGCUGUGGGUGUGGGGUCGUGCUGUGGGUGUGGGGUCAGACCUUUGUGACAAGGGUUCUAGUGAGGGAUUAGGAAAUUUGAUAUUACACUUGACUUAGAUAUCAUUUUUUUAGCAGAUUGUCAGCAGUUAUUUUGUAGAUUUUUAAAAAUGUAAAAAUUGAUCCUUAUACCUUAUCUUUUUAACUUAACCCACCAAAUUAUGAAUAGUAUUUGGUAAUAAAUUAUUUUUGUGCUGUUGAACCUUAACUAAUGGGGAUAUAAUUCAUGGUGUAGAAAGAUAGAGUCAGAGACCAGGUGUCGGGAGUUGAAGUAUGUUACGUUAUUUUAGACACCCUGCUAUUCUGUCAAUAGCUAAAAAAAAUGGCAAGAAAAUAUAAUCUAUCAUCCAAUUCCAUGUGAGGGAUGUUGAGGUACCUGACGAGAUCUAUCAUCUGUAUAUACCUCACUCUAUACCUCACUCUCUGUCUCACUCUCUACCUCACUCUAUACCUCACAUGACUAGUAGUUUAGCAGUAAAACAUUUGAGUGGAUUUUUGUAUUGAUCAAAUUACAUUGAUUACAGCCAUGACUAGUAGUUUAGCAGUAAAACAUUUGAGUGGAUUUUUGUAUUGAUCAAAUUACAUUGAUUACAGCCAUGACUAGUAGUUUAGCAGUAAAACAUUUGGGUGGAUCUUUGUAUUGAUCAAAUUACAUUGAUUACAGCCAUGACUAGUAGUUUAGCAGUAAAACAUUUGAGUGGAUUUUUGUAUUGAUCAAAUUACAUUGAUUACAGCCAUGACUAGUAGUUUAGCAGUAAAACAUUUGAGUGGAUUUUUGUAUUGAUCAAAUUACAUUGAUUACAGCCAUGACUAGUAGUUUAGCAGUAAAACAUUUGAGUGGAUUUUUGUAUUGAUCAAAUUACAUUGAUUACAGCCAUGACUAGUAGUUUAGCAGUAAAACAUUUGAGUGGAUUUUUGUAUUGAUCAAAUUACAUUGAUUACAGCCAUGACUAGUAGUUUAGCAGUAAAACAUUUGAGUGGAUUUUUGUAUUGAUCAAAUUACAUUGAUUACAGCCAUGACGAGUAGUUUAGCAGUAAAACAUUUGAGUGGAUUUUUGUAUUGAUCAAAUUACAUUGAUUACAGCCAUGACGAGUAGUUUAGCAGUAAAACAUUUGAGUGGAUUUUUGUAUUGAUCAAAUUACAUUAAUUACAGCCAUCACUAGUAGUUUAGCAGUAAAACAUUUGGGUGGAUCUUUGUAUUGAUCAAAUUACAUUGAUUACAGCCAUGACUAGUGUCUUCUGUACUAGGCAUUUAACUGAUGACUAAUGUUAAUAUUAUCUUUUUAGGGUAUCAGUUUUUAAUUUGAUGAAUGCUUGUACCAUAUUUAUGGAACUCUUUAUGUAAAGAAAAGACUGACAAUUUUUUUGUGUCAGUCAUUCUUGAAAGAAUUGAAUUCUUUAUACAUUUAUACUUGUACACCAGUUACUUAAAUACAGGCUGUUUUUAAUGCCUUCUUGAGCAAGAUUUUUCUAGCUUGAGAAGAAAAAUCUAUUUUCUUGCUUGAAAAAUCUUUCAAAUCCUUAGAAAUAAAUGUUCAGCACAUUUUA